AUGAUUUUCUCUCUUUUCGUUUUUCCGUAUUUACUGCAUACAUUUCUUAUUUACUGUAAUUUUGAUAUUACAUUGUCAGCGACAAAAGAACCAACUCCAAGUGCAAAAUUAGCAGCGCCUAUAAAAAUAACAACUACAAAGUCAGGAACGACUAAAACGCCACCAGCGAAUGUAACAUCAGCAGCAGCUAAAAAAGCAACACCUAAUGUAACGUCGUCAACAACUACAACAUCAUCAACGACUACAGCAUUACCGAUAGCAAGCAUGACAUCAGAAAUUGAGCCGAAUAUACCAGCAGUUACCGAUGAAGUAAUAGUAACAGCAUCAUGCAUUAAUAUUUAUUUUCCCUCUCUUACAAAUAUCAGAUCUGGUACAGAUCAAGAUGAUGAAGAUGAAGAUGAAACAUCGUUAAACGAUCCAACACUUUCAUCAGACAUCAAUCAAAUGACAUCUACAAUCACACCAUUUGUCUUGAUAAAUAACAUUAACAAACAUAAAACAAACUCAACAAGAACCACGCAAAAGCGAAAAUCUAAAUUCCCUGUUAUAUUGGGAUCAAUCUUUGGUAUUCUUACUAUUACUGUUCUUAUUUCUUACAAUCGUACAAUACCAAUAUCUUUAUUUUUCUAUUUCCAUCAUGAUCUUCCUUGGAUUGAUGAAAUAAAUUCAAUAUCAAAUGAAUCACCUGAUAUAAUAACAGUUCGUGGUCAAACAAAUGAACUUGAUGGAUUUACAAUAAAAAUAAAAUUAAAUACACAAAUAAAUCAAGUUUUAACACGUACAUUAACUGAUAUAUUUCAAUUAGAUAAAAUUCAUGAAAAUCUUCUUACAAAAUUAAUAACAAAUUCUUAUGAACAACCAUAUGUUCUUCUUAUGGAUCAACCAUUUAAAGAUUUUGAACAUAAUACAUUUUUUAUUCAAUUAACAUUAAAACAACCAUUAGCUAAUGAAAUAUUUUCAUUUGAUAUAAUAUAUCAAUCAGAUUCAUCAAGUAAUGAACGAGAACAAGAUUUAACUGGUUAUUAUUUUAAUGAAGAAAUAAAUCGUUUACAAAAACAAUUUGAUGAACGUUUUGAAAAUAUAUUUCAAUUAAAAACUAAACAAAAUAUAGAUAUUAAAAAAAUUCAUUUUGCUAAAUCAACAUUAAGUAAUUUAAUUGGUGGAAUAUCAUAUUUUACUGGUAAAUCAUUAGUAGCAAAAGCAAAUCAAAAAAUUCCCGAUGAAUAUUGGUCAACAAGUUUAUAUACAGCUGUACCAUCACGUUCAUUUUUUCCACGUGGUUUUCUUUGGGAUGAAGGUUUUCAUAAUCUUCUUAUUGCUCGAUGGAAUAAAAAUAUAACUAUGGAGAUUCUUUCACAUUGGUUUGAUAUGCUUAAUGAUAAUGGAUGGAUACCAAGAGAAGUAAUACUUGGUGAUGAAGCACGUGCUCGUGUACCAGCUGAAUUUAUUGUGCAAUAUACAAAUAAUGCUAAUCCCCCAACAUUCUUUUUAACAAUUGAAUAUUUAUUAAAAACAAAUUCAAAUAAUCAUUUAUUUAAUUUACCAUUUAUUCAACGUCUUGAAAAAUGGUAUCAAUGGUAUAAUCGUACACAAUAUGGUUCUCAACCAUUAACAUAUCGUUGGCGUGGUCGAAAUGCUUCAUCAAUAUAUGAAUUAAAUCCCAAAACAUUAACAAGUGGUCUUGAUGAUUAUCCACGUGCAUCACAUCCAACUGAUGCUGAACGUCAUUUAGAUUUACGUUGUUGGAUGACAUUAGCAUCAACAAUUAUAGGUAAACUUUAUUCUAUAAUAAAUAAUGAACAAACAAAUAAAUAUUUAAAUUAUGCAAAAUUACUUUUAAAUAAUGAACAACUUGAUCAAUUACAUUGGUCUGAACAAUAUGGUAUGUAUGCUGAUUAUGGUUUACAUACAGAUUAUGUACAAUUACAACGUGUACCCAUGGGAAAACCAAAUCCUCAACAACCACAACAACCACAACCAACACAUAUGAUUCGACAAGUUACAAGACAAUCAGAUUUAAAUCUUAAAUAUGUUAAACAUUUUGGUUAUGUAUCAUUAUUUCCAUUGAUGACACGUAUUUUAGAUCCACAAUCAUCAAAACUUGAAAAAAUUUUCAAUGAUUUACAAAAUCCUAGUUUAUUAUGGACACAAUAUGGUGUAAGAUCAUUAGCACAAACAAGUCCAUUAUAUGGAGUUAGAAAUACUGAACAUGAUCCACCUUAUUGGCGAGGUAGAUAUUAUUCAUUUAACUAA